CCUCUUCCACUCUACGCCUACACUGGUCAUAGCAACGGAACAUGCCAGAGGAUAAAGCUUUGUGCUUCAGCAGCUGGGUUUGCUGCACCAGUCAAGUCUUGGCUCGCACAUGAAAUGACACCUCAAGGCGAUGGAGUGACAGCGAGUUGUAGUCGGAGUUUUAGGAGGACUACAGCAAGGGGUAAUAUUAGAUCCCCAAGAGGAACAAGACGAACAAAGAGGUCGAAAAAUGAAAACAACCAUGAAGGAGCAAAUGAAGUAGCGCUUGUCGUAACUGGAGGGGGAUGUGGAGGGAUUAGGGUUUGGGAACUUUUUGACCAUACAAUAAGGAAGAAGCCGCGUCUUCUUCUCGAUUCACCAGAUGCGCACCGAGGUCAAGUUACUGCGGUGGAUGUAGCUUGUUGUAGGAACGCUAGCACUGAUUAUGUAGGACAUCGAGGAAGUCGAUGUCGAAAUCAUGAAGAAGAUCUAGAUUUGCUGCUGCUUUCUGGCGGUGUAGACUCAGUGGUGCAGUUGUUUCGAAGCACCGUUACGCCCAGCUGCAGCUCUGCCUCUAGUGCCUGUAUUCACCAAAUAGAGGGCAUGCCAGUAAACGCCUCCACUUCCGGACCACGAUUGCCAGUUCGAGGAGUAACAUUGGACCAGAAUUUAGCGAAUCAUAGAGCCGCGUCUGUAGAUGCUAAAUUCCUACGUAUCUGGGAUUUACAUCGUAUGCGACAGGGCACUUCAUUCGCCUCGCCAAGGCCUGUCUUUCAUGCAAAGCCAGUGUUUGAAGGGCUACAAGCAAUGGAACCUGUAAGCGAUUCUUCUGUUAUAGUUGCCAGCCAAGACGUAGACGUAUCAUUCUCGUCUCAUUCAGCAUCAUCUUGUGCCGCAAGUAUCACUUCUAGUCGUGCUGCUGUUGAGGAGGACAAGGAGAAAGAGCAGCCGAAAAAUAGUUUUUGGGUUGCUUCUGCUGAAGAUACAACUGACACAAUUAUCAAGAAAUACAGGCGUAAGCGAAUGCGAACAGAGCAACUGCACUCACAAGUGAUUCCUACGAGUACAACGUCUUCUGCCUCCAGUCCAUUAGUUCUCACAGGUGGCAGUGAAUUUGUGGCGCUCUUUGAUGUCAGGAAUGGUCGAAAUGCAGCACAAACAAUACCCUUGGCUGGACAUGUUGUCAUAAACGUGGCGUUCAAUGGUCCCCAUUACCUUCUAGCACAGACAAGGACAGAUAGACAAUUCUUGUUUGAUAGGAGGAAGUUAUAGUUAUGAAUUUGAUGUUGGAGGCAGAUGAAAAUGGAUAGGCUCAGACGGCACGGCAAAGGAGGGAGGAAAG